AUGUAUUCGGUUGAGUGGCAAAAGCGAGGAUUACCUCAUGCACACAUUUUGGUUUGGUUCAUCGACAAAAUCCGUUCUGAAGAAAUCGAUAGUAUCAUUUCUGCGGAAAUUCCAGAUCCAUCCACUGACCAACUGCUGUUUGAUAUUGUUACAACAAACAUGAUUCAUGGUCCAUGUGGUACUCUUAAUAGUUCAUCGCCUUGCAUGGCUGAUGGAAAAUACAUUGAUAUUGACAAUCGUUGGGUGGUGCCAUAUUCGCCUCUGCUGAGCAAGACAUAUAAUGCUCAUAUUAAUGUUGAGUUCUGCAGUUCUGUGAAGAGCAUCAAAUACAUUUGCAAGUGUGUCCAUAAAGGCAGUGAUAUGGCUGUGUUUAGAGUGGAAAAUACUAAUGUGAAUGCUCCUCCAGUGAAUAAAAACGAUGAAAUAACGCUCUACCAAAUUGGUCGGUACAUCAGCUCCAAUGAAGCUGCUUGGCGUAUCUUUGGUUUUCCAAUUCAUGAACGGGAUCCAGCAGUUGUUCAGUUAGCCAUCCAUCUUGAAAACGGUCAGCGUGUAUUUUUCACGAACGAGACAGCGAUUGAUCGUGCAAUAAAUCCACCUAAAACUACACUCACUGCAUUUUUUGAAUUGUGUAAUCGUGCGGAUGAUUUUGGUGCCUUUGCACGAACAUUACACUAUUCACAAGUACCACGCUAUUUCACAUGGACUCAAACAAAAACAUGGAUGCCCCGCAAGCAAGGCUCACCAGUUGCUGCAUUCAAUCCAAGACACACGGAGUGCUUUUAUCUUCGACUGUUGUUGGUUAAUGUUACUGGCCCAUUAUCAUUUCAAGAUAUACCUAAAGUGAAUGGGCAACAAUAUCCAUCGUAUAAAGAUGCAUGCCUUGCAUUCGGCUUGCUGGAAGACGACAACCAGUGGGAAUGCAUGCUUGCUGAAGCUGCAUUGAACUGUACAGCAAUACAAAUUCGUCUACUAUUCGCUAUAGUGUUGACUACAUGUUUCCCAGCCCGAGCACAGAUAUUAUGGAAAAAUCACAAAGAUUCAAUGACUGAUGAUAUAUUGCAUCAACAUCGUAUACGGUGCCACAAUCUAACCAUAACAUUCAGCGACGAAAUGUACAAUGAAGCAUUGAUUGCUAUUGAGGAUCUUUGCAUUGUCAUUGCCAACUUACCACUUAGUAAUUUCGGUAUGAAUUCGCCAAAUCGAACUGCAUCUGAUUUAAUGAAUACUGAAAUGAAUCGUGAACUGCAGUACAUUUCAGCUGGACAAGGUGGGUUCUUCUUUUUGGAUGCAUCGGGUGGAACUGGCAAAACAUUCGUUAUUUCACUAAUUCUUGCUGAAAUACGAUCAAAUAAUGGCAUCGCAUUGGCCGUUGCAUCAUCGGGCAUUGCAGCAACUUUAUUGGAUGGAGAGAGAGAGAGAGGUCAAACAUGUGUCUCCAGAAGUGAAAGAAAUAAAGAAAUAGAAGGAGUUACUACAAAGAAGAGGAACACAAGCCACGCAGAGGAUAAAUUAACGGCCAGCGACGAAAGAAAACGUUACCGAAAGGGCUCCAAGGAAAAAGGAAGAUCGAUCAAUCAUUCGGAAAGGGCACCGAAGAGUAGUAAAUUAGCGUCCAGAUCUUCAGGCGUCGCAGUAGGAAGCAUGAGGACGGUCAUGAAGACAGCUCGGACAAUUAAAGGGGUCAUAGAAAAGUUGCGACAAAAUUCUGGGCAUACCGAAGACUUCUUCGCAAUAUUAAAUCGGCUAACAAAAUUACUGCAGGAAGAGAAUGAGAGCACAGCAUAA